CAAAAUAGAUCAAAUGUCAUUACAAUUCUUCGUAUCGCUGUCUUGACUUCUCAUUUCUUCAAUUGCUUACUCUCCCACGGCUUUUUUGAGAACGAUAUGAAAUAAAACAAUGCAAUAUUCUCAAAAAAUUAUCAAACUUACUCAUCAGCAAUUCAAACGAACACUUGCUUUUUUUUUUGUCUUAUCAAUAAUAAACAUUCAUACCUUAUGAUAUACACACCGAAUGGAAGUGCUGUGCUGUAAAGAUUUUCAUUAGAUUAUAAAAAUGAUUUUUUUUUAAUUGUCUGACAUUUUAGUGAAUUUUAAGUUGUUGAAUAUUGUGAAAUUUGGAUAAAAUGACUGACUUUAGAGAACUUGCUUUAAUUAUAUUGCUAUUUAUCUUAGUGAUUUAUAUACUUGUGUACAAUUGUUCAAAGUUAUAUAGAGAAUUAAAUGCAGGUGAGAAAAAAAUAAUAAUUUAUUGAGUGUGAUUUGUGGAUAUGGCUCGAAGGGCACAUCUGUAGGAGAUAGGCCUGAGCAUAGGGCUCGCGUUGAAACUGGUUAUGUGUGUACAACGGGUAGCCGAAGUGAGAUAAGUACCUCGGUAGCCGAGUGGCAGGGAUCUCUGAUUGACUGGUCAGAGAUCGCCUCUUUUGAGGUCGAGGGUUCGAUUCACAUCGAACUCGAGUUGUUUUAUAUGAGUAUGCAUAUAUAGCAGUUAUAAGGAGAUCUACAUGAUUGACCUCUAAAGUUCCUUUCUGAUUAUUGGAGAAUUCGAUCCCAAAAAUUCCAAGCUUCAUGUUGCCAUGACUAAGAGUGCAGAACUGAAUAAUCAGAUUCUAUCAUUUUAGAACAUUUGCAUACCCUUGGAUGUGACAAAACUGCGAUAACUUCAUGAGAUAGGUUUUGAACUAGAUCAUUAUCAAACAUGUAAUCCAGUGGUUCUCAAACUAUGUGCCGCGGUACACUAGUCUUAUCGGCACUAUAUUUUAAUGUGUUAUUACUUCAAAAAGGUCGUAAAAAUCAUUUAAUGUGCCGUGGACCAAAAAAAAUUGAGAACCACUGCUUUAAUCUCUUUUCAAUUUGUUCUCUACAUAAUUUUGAUCUCAGUCAAAAACUGCUGAUACUCAAAAUAAGCAUUAAAUUUGCGAUCAUUGUUAUCAAUUGGCUGCACGACAUUGAAAUUAAUUUCCGACCUAUCCAACAUAUAUAAAAAGAAAUUUAUCAACAAAAAAAAGAUUUAAAUUGCUCUCAAUUUCAUCAAAAAAAAUUCAUAUGAGAAGCAAACAGUCAGUGCCCGAUGUUUAUACAAAAAGGGACUUAAAAGACACGAUUAUCUGUUCCAUUAAGUAUUAGUUGUUCUGAGUAGACAAACAUUAUUUAGCAAUGGAGGUUUUUGUAAUUUUAAUAUUUAUUUUAUUGUGUCUAAUUGUGUCUAUUGGUGCUUAUUUGUGCUUCAUUUUUGCAUAUCUUUAUGUGAUGUAUGGAUUAUUUACGGAUAAGGAAGGAACUGGUAAUAUUUUGUUGCAUUUAUAUAAUUAUAGGUAGUUGAACUUUGCAUAAAUGUCAUACAAUGAGCUGUAAGCACCAGCAGUCAUUCGUUGAUUUCGUUCAAGAAUCUCUAAGGUAGAUUGAGAGGUUUAGGGAUGGGGGGGGGGGGGGUUAAUUAUGAGAAAAAAAAUUAUUUAUGGAAGAUCUACCUAUUGUGAUUUUAAAAUAAUUGAAAUGUCAUUAAAAAAAUUUGUAAGUUUUAAAAAAUAUAUGUAUUUAAUAGUUUCUAACAAAGGGGAUAGCAACAUAAUGAGAAAUUAUGUUGUGUAAAAAUUCACACCCGUUUUCAGCUAAUUUUACCGAUUUCUUAUCAAUAUUUUGGUUGGAAAUUUCUCGUGGUGUCUAUAAGUGGAUCGAAUUUUCACAUUAAAAAUGUGCCCAUCAUGUUGUUGUCCCCCUGAAGUUUUAAACUUUAUUAAAACGGCUUUUAAGAAUUUAUGUAUAAUGUGUUUUUGCUGGGUUGGUUCAAAAACACGACCAAACUUCCCCACCCCCCCCCCCCCCUCCCCUCCCCUCCUCCACUAAAGCAACGUGCCAAAAAAUGAAAUAAAUAGUUCUCAAAUUAAUUAAAUAGUGAAGGAAAUGUGUGCAAUCUCUCCAGCUUCAUACUUUUUCUAACGUGAAUUCAACUAACCUUCAAAAUUUUUAACAUUUCCCCAAAAAAAACUUACCCAUUGGGUUUUAUUCUCAUAUUCACAAAUAAUAGCUUUCUUAUCGCUGUGUUAAUACAGUCACUAAAGUAUGCUGAUAAGUGUGUCUCAGUUUUGUGUGAUUCAGUGUCGAACAAGCAAUUGAUUUCAAAAUUCAGUGUGGGAAUUUUUGUUUAUUUUUGACGAAAUGUCCGAGAUUUUUGCCGCAAUUAUUGUAUUUUUUGUGUUUUUCCUUCUGUUUUGCUCCUGUACACUGUGCCUGUGGUCAUUUGUCAAUAUUUUAGUAUCAGUUAAGAAGAGACUGCGAAGGCCAAAUGAACUAAAUCGCUCAACUAGCGUCGAUGAAGACUCAACAGUAAUCAACAUAAAUCAAGAACACAAUCGCAACCCGUUUGCGACACAAGUCUCACUCCCACCAAGUUAUGAACUACUGACACCACCGCCAAAAUAUGAAGAAUUUUUUAAAAGCUAGUAAUAAGAUUUUUGGAUUAGGAUUUAAUUAAAUGGGAAAAGUAGAAGCGUAGCUAGAAAUGUGAAGGGGGAAUGGGGGACAAAAAAAAUUUUUGUAUUGAAAAUUCAAGGGGGGAGUGGGGGGAAACGUAGGGCCCUGGCUCCGCACCUGGGGAGGUGAUUUCAAUUUAAGGUUAAAUACUAGGAGUUAAUUAAUGGAAUAGAACGCAUUAUCUCACUCAACUGUGGAUGUCAAUUAAAUGUUUUGGAUUCAACCUAGCCAGGAACGUAGCAGGCAAAAUGAAAAAUUUCUGUUAACGUAAGGGGAUUUGUCACCAGCCCCCCCCCCCCUUGGCCACGCGCCUGAAACUUGCACAAGGAGGAGAAAUGGAACGAGAUAUUAAUUGCUCCGGAAGGAACUCUUCCACAAGAUGAUUAUUUAUAACCAAGAAUUCAGAGCUGACUUUUGAUCAUUUUCUGUUGUUCUGAUCAAUUUAGCAUCCAUUAUCAUAAGAUGUGCUAAGUCCUUUUGAUGUAAACUUUGCUUUAAGAUGGUGGGGUGAGCGGAAGGGGGGGGGGUUCAUUCUCCUGAUGUUCAUAUUUUUGAUUAAUUAUUAAUUUUGUAAAACUUGAUCUGUUUCAUUUAUUUAAAUUAAUAUGUAAGAUUUAAUAUUAAAGAUAUUAUUGUUAUAAGCACGAAAAAUAAACUUGAUUUUAAAUUACAA